AUGGGGAAGACUCCAGAAUACCACCGCCUCUGGACCAUCCUGACAGUCCUCAUCUUCUCCCCGGUCUCUGUGCUCGCCCAGAACUACCCACUAGUCCCAGACUCGAGAUGUAACUGCUUCCGGACCAACACCACCACAUCCCACUACUUCAAAAACCACAAGUUCUUCGACUUCAGAGAUUUGUCCCAAUACGCCCGCGUGCCGGCUCCAAUAGUGACCGCCGAGGGCAGCGCCGCCGCCCCCGUCACAAACGCCUACUUCGAGGGCCCGGCAUGGACGAGCACCUGGUCCAUCCAGACCUGGAACAAUAGCGCGCAGCUGGGCGGCAGUGACUCGGACGGCGCGGCCACGGGCAGCGACGCGUCGGUGCUGAUGGUGAACUCGGCCAACAACAUCUACAUCCAGCACAACGACGAUUUGAACGCCAAGUCCAACACCUACAUGGUGCUGCGCACCGUCCGCCACGACAGCUUCCAGUCCGCGGCCGAGAUCGAUUCCGUCUCGGCCGACUACCAGUACCUAUCCAUCCGCAUGCUAGCGCGCACCCGCGGCGCACCGGGUGCCAUCACAGCCAUGUUCACCUACCACAGAGCCGACCAGCAGUCGCAGGUGCAGGAAUCCGACCUCGAGAUCCGCACCAGCGACCCCAAGUCCGCCAUCCACUACACGAACCAGCCGUCGUACAACGCCUCGGGCGCGGUCCCGCAGGCGACGCGCAACGUCAGCAGGCCGGGCGCCCUGGACUGGUCGCAGUGGCAUUACCACCGCAUGGACUGGGCGCCCGGGUCCAGCAGCUGGUUCGUCGACGGGCAGCUCGUGUCGUCGAUCCAGUUCCAGACGCCCAAGGACCUCAGUAGCGUCGUGUUCAACGCGUGGAGCGACGGCGGCACCUGGAGCGGCAACAUGAGCGUCAAUACCACUGCCGAGAUGCAGAUCCAGUGGAUCGAGCUCGUGUAUAACAACACGGAUACCACCAACACCACGUCUCCCGGCGCCCCUGCCAGGCGAGGAGUCACCGGCUUCCCAGCUUUCCCUGGCCAGCAGCUGCAGAACAAGCCGACAAACUCUUCCUCUUGCGCCAACGUCUGCAGCAUCGACCAGACAUCGAAAGUCGGCACCCCUGUCCUGAUCUCGCAGCCUCAGGCAGCUGACAUCCCGUCCUCGGCGCAGGCACCCAGAUCCCCGGCAGCGGCCAAAGUCCUGUAA